GGAACACCCAGCAACUGCAGUCAUGUCGUCAAACGCCAACUACGAGCCGGAUGCGAACCCAGGAAGCGUCGGUGCUGGUCCAGACAUGGGAGACAGUGGAAGUAUCGCCGGUGCAGCCGGGACAUCAUCAAACGACGUCGGGCUAUCUCAAGGUGGUCUGAUCGCCAUCAUUGUGGUUGUUUGUGUCGUCACCAUCUUCGGUGGUAAGUCUUUCUCGCCCACCAGCAAUACUGCACCGACCAGACAUGAUAUUGACCCUCCCUCCAACAGUCGGUAGCGCAGUUCUCUUCUUCCUGGCAAAGAAAA